AUGCGAAUGAUAAAACGAAUAUUUUCACUUGAAUUUCUACUUUUACCAUUUUACACCUAUAAACUCGUAGAACUAUUUGUUUUUAAAAACACCAACACUCCAACCUCAAUAUGCAUCAGAUUAAUCCUAACCUCAUUUUUAGUCCCCCUCGUCUUCAUAACCAUCAUUUUCCUAUCAAUUUACUACGAAUUAAUUGAACUUUACCUCCGCUAUAAACACGGCAAUAACUUCUAUGCGAUGUUAGAUGGCUGUGAUCGCAUCUGGGUGGUGAAAAGCCCAUCAAAAAAUGUUAUAAAUGUCAUCUACGCCAUUGUUCCCAAUGACAAUCCUAACCUCUCAUCUGAACUACUCCAAUUUUUCGUUGAUAAGUACAAAAUCAUCGCAAAAACGCACCCGAGAUUCACUUCAGUGAUAAAAUCCUUCCUAGGAUUGCAGUAUUAUCACAAAGUUGAUCUUGAUAUCUACGCAUGCGUGAAAUACUUUGAUGAGUAUGCAAACACUGCCGAUUUUUAUAAUCUCACCGAAGAUUAUUGUAAUAAAGAACUGCCUAAAGGAGAUACAUAUUUAUGGGAGUUUUACGUGGGAAGGAAAUUAAUCACGUGGCAUGAUGGCACAGAAAUAUUACCAUUGAUGGUGAGAUAUCAUCAUUCCUUGGGGGAUGGAGUAAGUUUAGUCACAUUAAUGACCACGCAUUUAUUACAAGAUGGCGUUGAGAUUAUGCGAAAAAAGUGUGAGACUUACAAAGCUAUUUUGACUAAACCCAAGAAUAACACGAAAGAAAGUGCAAAAUCAAAUCCUGGGGUUAAAAUAAUGAAGUUGUUACAAAAAAAGUUUUACUAUCCGACAUUGAGUGCACCAGAAAAGGAUAAUUUACUCCAUGGACCGGAAAUAUCCGGAAAGAAACAUAUGAUUUGUUGCUGGGAGAAGCCGGAUGCUAAUUAUGUGAAUAAAGUGAAAAAGAUUAAAAACUAUUAUAAGAUGGCGUUCGCAGAUGUAAUUUCUACGUCCAUUUCAGCGGCAUUGUGUGAACAUUUUUCGAAAUUUUCAAAGAUUACAACACCUAAUAUAUUGACAAUGAAUCCAUAUUUUCUGAUGUCCCCUGAUUUUGAUAAAUUAGUGCAAUUCAACAAAGAAAAUAUUCCAAUUACAAAGUUGGGUAACAAAUUUGCGAUGGGUUUUACGCAAAUGCCUAUAGAUUUGGAUGUUGAUAAUAAUACAAUUAUCAAAAGUGGAAAUAAUAAUUGUUUAAAAGUGGAGGACAAUGAAUUACUGUCUCGUUUGUAUUCUGUGCAUAAAAUCAACGACAGAUUGAAGAAUGCGCUGGACUUUUCGUUUUGUUACUGGCAAAUGCGAAUGUUUGCCGGUUUACCCCUGGCGGUAGGAAAAAUGCUUCUAUUGGCAAACGACGCAAGUCUAAGCGUCUCGAAUGUUCCUGGAAACACAACAUCGAGACUAACAAACGGUUGCAUUUUGAAGGACACAUUUGUCUUUGGUAACAACUACGGAAAAGUUGGUGUUUCAAUUACGUUGUUUACGUACGACGAAGAGUUCCGUAUUUCUUUGUUAAUCGAUAAGAGUUUGAUACCGGAACGCAAAGAUGCGCAACUAUUAGGCGAUGGAAUUUUUAAGUACAUUGAUGCUUUGGCCGCAACACUACCUUCCUAAACUUCCAAAAAUGGUCCUACAGCGUGGUUUUCUUUUAUAAGUUUAGAAAAUAUUCAGUAUUUGUUCAAAAUAGGAAUCCUGAGUAAUGGAUGUAAAAAAUCUAGUUUUAUAAGAAAUUUAAUAAAUUUACUAAUAAAAUGUG